GCGCGCUGAUUGCUCGGUCAGCGUCGGGAGCGCGCUCUGUCACCGUGCGGGCGGAGUUCCAAGCGCGUCGCGCGCUUCAAAGAGCAAGCAAGGAAGGAACGGCGCGCGACUGUUCCUCCAGCCGUCUUUAAUCCAGCGCCGGUGCGCACGCGAGUCUCAGACGGAACACCGGGACGCGACUUGUGAGACUGUUUCCAAGAAAUGAUGGAUGUGCUGAUGGUCUGUUCCAGAUACUGAAUUUCCAAAAAUAUAUAUAUAAAUAUAUAUAUAUAAAAUCGGUGAAGUACCGUAAGUGCGGGGGAAACGACCUGGGAAGAGGAUGAGCAGAAGAAUCCAUAUGCCAUAUUGAGUCUUUCAAGUGGUGUAAAAAUCCUCGUGCGCUUUUGUUUGUGUUUGUGUUUGUCCUCGUAAUCGCAAUGCUGGUGCGCCGUAGCGGCCCGGUGGCGUGCGCUCGCGCUCCAAGGCGCAGACACAAGCGCGUGGACAGCGACGAGACCGCGGCCAAGAGCCCGAGACUGAACGAGUGUGUCGGAGGAGACACGGCGCUUUUCCUGGCCGCCUCUCCGGUGUCUCCGCGCAACGGGAGCGCAGUGUCGGUGUGCGCAGCCCCGGGCCCGUCCCGCAUCGGCCAGUUCCUGCUGCUGCCCUCCGUCGACCCGACCGCCGCACACAGCGCGUGGGACAUGGACACCGGUGAGGAGCUCGUGUGCAAGGUGUUUGACAUGGGCCAGUACCAAGAGAAGAUCAGGGCUUACAGCGUGCUGCCAAGACACAGGAAUAUCGCCCAGAUCAAAGACAUUAUCCUCGGGGAACGCAAGGCCUAUGUGUUCCAAGAGAAGGACUACUGCGACAUGCACACUUUCGUGAAGAGCUGCAAGCGUCUGCCUGAAGAGCAAGCCUCGAAGCUUUUUUAUCAGAUAGCCUCUGCAGUGGCUCACUGCCACCAGAACGGCAUCGUGCUGGGGGACCUGAAGCUUCGCAAGUUCGUGUUUGCAGACGAGAAGAGGACUCAUUUAAAGCUCGGAGGCCUGGAGGACUGUCGGAUCCUGACCGGUGAGGACGAUUCAGUUUCGGAUACGCAUGGCUGUCCAGCUUACGUCAGUCCAGAAAUUCUGAGUGGUGGAGGCAGCUACUCAGGGAAGCGAGCGGAUGCCUGGAGCCUAGGCGUCAUGCUCUACACAAUGCUGGCAGGCCGCUAUCCAUUCCAUGACUCAGACCCAGCCACGCUCUUCUCCAAGAUACGGCGUGGUGCCUACGGCCUGCCUGAGGGCCUCUCAGCACGGGCACGCUGCCUUGUGCGAAGCCUCCUACGCAGGGAGCCCAGUGAGAGGCUGAGCGCCACCGACGUGCUCCUCCACCCAUGGUUCCGUGGUGGCACCGAACACGACGUCGACGAACAAGAAGUCGGCUUGGCUGAGCAGAGAGUGCCUCAGGUGCACGUGGAGUUGAACGAGCAAAAUUUCUUUUGCUGACAAAAACUUCUCAAUGGCUCUGAUUUGGACCAAUAUUUGAAGCAUACGUAUAUAAUUGGAGCAGCUCUUCUCCUGGUGGUUCGACGCCAUGGUUCACAUUAAAAACUGAAUGGUUCUUUAAUUUAGAGCAGGACAAGCAGCUACUCUGCUGAUGAGAUCUCCCCAGUGGUUUGGAUUCGAGACAAAAACUCAGAUGUGCUCUUACGGGUUCUUACAUUUUAGACUCACGCACUGCGAUAAGUUACGGGCUCGCAAAUGUUAGUCCUCGGUGGUUUGGAUUUGGACCAAUAACUGUUUGACACAUCCUUAUGGAUCCUUAAAUUUUCGACUCGGGAACACUUGUUAAUGUUAAUUUAUGGGUUCUUUAAAGUGUAUGCACUUGUGUGUGCGUGCAAAGUGCCAUAUAGUCUGUGUUUGGUUAAGAGGCUUGAUGCACAUUGGUUGGUGUACAAUGAAGUGAUUUUGGUGCUAAUGACCUCCUUUAUGAUGAUGCUGUAUGAAGUGAGCACUGAGGCAAGGAAAAUUCAAGGCUUUCAUCAAAAAAAAAAAAAACAACCUCAGCUGAGUCCUGAGGACUCGAAACGUAUUAACUAAAGAGGGGGAAGGGAACAUGAGCUUGAUCUGUAGCUUUACUCACACUAUCCAGUCGAGAGGAAUUCACUAACUCGUACGUUGACUCCAGCAGCACCAAAAGAGCACAGACUCAAAUGUAAAUCGAAAUUGUGGUGAAUGUCUGACUCUCCAAAAGGAGUGAAAUGAAAAGGCCAAUCUCUGACCUCUGGGCCUGAUAAUGCUUUUGUGGGCAUCAGUUGACCAUCGCGACUACUAGUAUUGGAUUUAGCCCUUCUCUCAAGCAUAUUCCGUAUCUCAUUUUUAAGUCAUAUCUCGUAUGACCUUUGACCCAUGUACUAGUGUUAAAAUGUUAUGUAAUGUCAUGUUAAAUUGUAGCCAGUAAGCAAAUUUACACUGCAUAGCGUCAGACUACAUAAAUGGAUAUUGAAGGACACUGAAGGACAUAAGUACCGUAUCCAUAUUGUUAGCAAGUGCAACAUUUCCUUACUUGAAUUAGCAAAACAUGGUGCUUUUAGCCCAGCAGACAAGGUCAUGUGUAGUCUUGACAGAGAAGCAGAUUAAGCUGAGAUUAUUCCGUAUGACUGCAUGUGUGGGUUUAUUUUAUUAUUAUUAUUUUUUUUUUUUUACUUUUGAGCUACUGUACUCCAAGGUGACUAAGUAACCCACAAUAACUCAGCUGAAAGGGUAGAACCUAUUUUUGGAGGCUCUAAUGUUUCCUCCCCCUCUACUGCGGGAAGUUGUACUGUAUGUUACCUCCGAGGCAAAGUGCCUCCGAGCUCAUAACAAUGUGAGGUUGCAAAAACGACCUGUCCAUGCAUUGAGAGUGUUGACACGGGUGCGCAAAGUUCAUAUUGCACUGUGAAUUCUGUAUUUUGUGACACGGCCUCAAGGUUAAACCACGAGGCCCUAAGCGAAAAUAAAUAUUAGUUGUAAAAGCAAAAUGUUGUAAAUACAUCCUGUACAUUAUAAGUGUGUGAACAGAUUGAAUAAAGAUGAACUUUUUUUUCCA